UACGUCUUCUAGUGACACAGAUCUUAUAUAUAUGUUGUAAAAAUACUUAUUCGUAGUUCAACUGGAAGUUAGACGUAUAUUUUCCGUUAGUUCUUCCGCGACUUUGUGCUUGAAACAUUCUUAAAACUUAGUAUAUCUGUAAUACGGUAGUUUAAACAACAAAACAUAGCAUGACGCUAAAUAUUAUCAAACGAAGAAGUCGGUCGUAUAUGGAACAAAGGCUUUUAAUAUUUUUUAUCACUAUAAUUUCGACAUGUUACGGAUUACCUACAGAAACAGUUGAUAUUUGUCGUACUCCAGAAUGUGUUGAUACUGCAUCAAGAAUUCUCAAAUCCAUGGAUUCGAGUGUUAAUCCAUGUGACAACUUUUAUAAGUUUACAUGCGGAAAUUUUGUUAACACAACCAAUAUCCCUGAUGACAAAGACAAAGUGGAUAUUUUCGGUACUCUGAGCGAUCAGGUUCAGGAACAGUUGAAGAAAAUAGUAGAGGAAACUGUUUCGCCAAAGACGUCUAAGUUACAAAGACUUGCUAAAACUUUUUAUGAUAUUUGCAUGAAUGAAACUGCUAUUAAAGAAAACGGGUUGAGUCCUUUGUUAAGUAAAUUAAAUAAAUUAGGAGGCUGGCCGGUAUUAGAAGGUCUUAAAUGGAAAGAAGAUGCUUUUCAUUGGACAAACUCCAUAUACACGUUACGGGAGAUGGGAUACUCGUUUAAUUAUCUUUUUAGUUUUGCAAUGGAUUCUGAUAUUAGGAAUAAUACAAAUAGAGUAUUAAUUCUGAAAUUGCCUUAUUUGGGAUUAAAUCCUCCGUUUUUAUCAAAAGGGUUGGAAAAUCAAUUAGUAAAAGACUAUAAAAAAUACAGUGUUGAUGUUGCGGUUCUCCUUGGAGCUGAUCGCGGAUCCGCUGAAAGAGAGAUGAACGAAUCACUUUUGUUCGAAAUAAAAUUAGCUAAUUUAAGCUUACAUGAAACAAACAAUUAUAACUUUUCUAAAAAUUAUAAUCCAAUAUCCAUAGCUGAAUUGGAAAAAAAACAUCCAAGUAUCCCUUGGUUGGAAUACAUUAACAAACUCCUUAAGCCUUCUGUCACUGUAGACAAAAAUGAAACAGUAAUUUUGUCCGCUCCUUACUUUAUAACAGAAUUUGAAAAACUUAUUAACACAACUUCAAAACGAACUCAAGCUAAUUUUAUAUUAUGGAGACUUAUCGUUGAUUCGGUGUUUUAUUUGAAUGACGAAAUUCGCAAGCCUCAAGUAGAUUUUAUGACAGCCAUUACCGGUCGUCCAAAAAAAGAACUCAGAUCAAAAGAAUGUUUGGAUAAUAUCUCAGCCUACCUGCCUCUGGUUAUCGGUACUCUGUAUGUUAAAAAGUAUUUUAAUGAAGACGUUAAAAAUAAUGCUGCCGAAAUUGUCAAUAAUAUUGAAGACCAACUGAAACUUACUUUACAAACAGUUGACUGGAUGGAUAACAAAACUCGUAAGCAUGCAUUAGAUAAAGCCAAUGCUAUGAUAAAUCAUAUUGCUUAUAUGGAUGGAACGUUGGAUGAAAAUAAAUUUGAAGAACUUUAUAAAAAUUUGGAACUACGUGCUAAUGAUUCUUAUUUAGAUACAAUAUUAAAUUUAAGAUCGCAUGCGUAUGAAAUUAAUUUGAAGCGUUACGGAAUCCCAAUAGAUAAAAAUAGCUGGGAAAUAUACAUGAAUCCGACUGUUGUUAAUGCAUUUUACUUACAUCAGUAUAAUAUAAUUCGAUUUUCCGCUGCUGUUCUUCAAGGUGCUUUUUUUAACAUCAAUCGUCCGCGAUACAUAAACUAUGGAUCAAUUGGUUUUUUAAUCGGCCACGAAAUCACACAUGGUUUUGAUUCGGUCGGAAUGAAUUUUAAUAAAGACGGUAAUUUAGAAAAUUGGUGGGAACCGAUAACGGCUGCAGAAUAUUGGAUAAAAGCCACGUGUUUGAAGGAUCAAUAUGACAAUUAUACUGUUGAAGAUGUUGGAAAAAAUGUUGAUGGAUUGAACACUAUUACUGAAAAUAUUGCUGACAAUGGAGGUGUCAAAUUGGCUUAUUUGGCUUACAGAAAUUUGACGGAAUCAAGUAAACCAGAACCUCGGCUUCCUGGACUUGAUCAGUUUACACCGAAACAAAUGUUCUGGAUUAGCACAGGUCAUACUUGGUGUACUGUACAACGUCCUGGAGCUACGAAAAUACAAUUAAUAGGAGACAGUCACAGUCCAGCUGAAUUUCGAAUAGUAGGAUCGUUAUCAAAUAUGAAAGAAUUUUCAGAUGAUUUCAAAUGCCCACUGGAUUCUCCAAUGAAUCCGAAAAAUAAAUGCGCUGUCUGGUAGUUUUUAGUUAUAAAGUAUUUGUUUAAUACAAAUAUGUUGUUACCACUUUUUUAUAUAUAAAAAUAACGUGUAUCAUAUUUAAAUAAAUACCUAUUGU